UCGAUUUAUAACAAUACGGCAUGUUAUGAUAAAGCCGUUGAAAACAAUUUAACCGCACAUUUUGGUUUUACUAUUUUCGUACGUGCGUGUUUAUCAUUAGGGUUUUUCUUUCGUUCCUUUUUUUUUUUCUACGGGAGUCGAUUCUCGGAGGAAAAACGCGUUCUCGGUACGUCUCUACCAAACGGAAACUUUGGUCACCCCUAUUGUGCGUCCAAUGACCGUUGCCCGUGCCGCGGUCGUGUUAUGACUAUUUCGAGUUCCCUCGGUUGUCCGGCGCUCGUGUUUCGGACCCGUCGUUUUUCUGUCGUUCUCCGUUUCGGAUUUUGUCGAACGUCCACACAGAACUGCGAACUGGAUAGUGAAUAAAACGCGAAAACGUCGUUAUUGGCGCGAGUGUCCACCUCUGUACACGGUUUGAUUUUCGAUAUUAAUAUUACGUUAUUGUUUCUCUCGAGUUCUGCUCGAUGGCAUUUACGCGGUUCUCGGUGUCGUACAGCCAUUGAAAUUGGCGCAUAUUGCGUGCUUCGCCUUCGGUAAAAACAAUACACUUUUUUCUUUUUUUUCUCGCUCGUGCGGUGGUUGUUUGAAAAUUUUAAAACGCGUGCCUGCUCCCCCCCCUCCGCCCCCCCCCACCUACUUCGCGAACGUAUUAUUAAUUUUCGAUCGAUUUUGCAUAUUUAAUCGGUCCAGUUGGACUGUCUACAUAUUUCGGAUACGACUGGCCGGGAGUGGUAUUUUCCGCACUUUUACUCGUACCAUUUCAAUCCACAAAACCGCAAAUUUAUUCAAAUUUCAGAUUUUUCAAAACACAUUUCCGCAUUUCUAAAGUGAAUGGUGUAAGAUCUGCCGAACACAAUUAUCAUUAUUUCGUAUAUUAAGUGCAAAUUGAAUUCACUCAAAUUUUAACGCACUUCUAAUUUUCCGAAAGUUCACGUGUUGAUCUCUAGCAUAGUGACAUUUAGCCCGAGAGAAAAAAAUAUCACCAAGAUAAUAUCAUCUUGACUGUUGGUCAAAUUUCGAGCUAACAAAUUGCUUAAUACUUUUAAUGGUACCUUGUAGCUUUUGAGUAUUGCAAAAUACAAUCAAAUAUCUUCCUGGGAUACUUAAUAAUAAUAAUCAGUGAUCGUUAAUUGAUCAAAUUUAAGAUUAUACUUUUUUCUGAUCAAUUUAGUAGUUGAAAAUUGGCGAACCAAAAAAGCGUAUAAUCCAACCGCGGAUUGUUUAUCAAUGAAAACACCUGAACAAAAGUUAGGUAUACGAAACAUUUUUUGAUAUUAUUCCAGACUUAAAAGCCAGGGAUCAACAAUUUAUAAAAUUAUACCUACCUGUAUUUUAUUAUUAUACACAGUAAUAUAUAAACACAAUUUUGAAUAUUAUUUUCUGAUUUCAAAUUGGCGAUAUGUGAUGCAAACCCACGAGUACCUACCCAUUACAAUUAGAUUUUAUUUAUGAUCAGUUUCUACUAAGUCAAGUAAUCAUCAGAAAAUAAUAUUGAUAAGUAAAAUCAAAUAGAUCUUACGUAUCUAGGUACUUGUAGUUUUGUAUUAUUUUAAUAUUUUUUAUUAUGUGUACGUAUAUUUUUAAAAAAAUAAACAGAUACGCAAGACAAAUUAUAUCAUUGAAAUAAUUAUUGUCAUUUGUAUAAAUAUAUUUUAUUUAUAUUUAUUUAGGUAUAAGCAUACCUAUACCAUGUUUAUUUUAUUUUAAAAAUAAUUAAUGUACUUUGUUAUUUUAAUAAUACUAAAUCUAUUUCAGAUUUUGUGUGUUAUAAAAUAUAACAUGGCCAUGUCUUCAAAUUUAUCUAUACUAGGUUAUCAAAAUGAUGACAAUUUUGACGAAGUAUUUAAAAAUUUAUUAUUUCCUAUUGAAUUGAUUACAAAAAAAAACAAUUAUGAAAAUCAUCAAUAUGACCUUAUUAAGGUAAUUUUAUUAGUAAAUAUUAAAAAUCAAAAAUAAAAUUCUUAUCCACCUAUUUAUUUCAGGAAUUGGAUUCAUAUUUGAGUCAUUUGAAAUCAUCUUCAGAUGAUGAUUCAUUAGUCUUUGUGGAAGCUGCAUUAAUGAUUCAAAAUGUAAUGGUUAUUUAUCAAAAAAAAGUUGAUCAAAUAGUGAAUGAUAUGACAAAACUUAUUUGGAAAUUUCAAUCAUAGUAAGUUAAUUAUAUUAGGAUUAUUAUUAUUUGAUAACAAUAUUUUAUUAAAACUCAAUAAGUUCCAUUUUUAACUAGUUGAGUAGCUAAUUGUUCAAUAAUAUUAUCAUUUACUGUUUGGUAUAUGUUAUUUUAAGAAAUUAAAUAGAUAUUUUAAAAUUAUUAUGUGUUUUAAAUAAAUAAUCACAUUUACAAUAAUAUUCAUAAAGUUGGUACCAAAUAUAGGAUAUAGGUAAUAAAAAUAAAGUAAUAAUACAUUUUUUGGACUUAUUUUUAUAUUCAUCCUGGGAAGGGGCAUAUAAUACUACAUGUUUAAUGAACUCAGUGCUCCGAGCUCCUACUGGUGAGAAGCCCGAGUAGGUAAGUUCAGUAAACAUAUGGUAUUGUCUUUGUGGGUUGGAGAAAUUUACCUUAUAGUUUCCAGUGGGCGGAGAAAACAUAUGAGAGGAGGUAUCAUAGCAGAUGAUAGCUUUGAUAAGAGAAAAUCUAGAAGAAGUUAACAAUAGGCUGCUAUAACAAUAGUAAGCGAAAUGAGAGAAAAUAGAGCAAAACAGUUUGGGCGUGUCAUAAGAGAGGAAUAAGAAGCAGAAGAAAAUUUAAAUGAAAAUAAAUGUAAAAAGAAAGUGGUAUAAGACCGAGAAAGAAUCUGUGUAUGUGAAGUGGAAGAUCGGGUCAAGGGAAAGCUCAGAAUGAGAGUUGCCGAUCCCAAAUGGUUGGGAUGAAGGCUAAAGAGAAGAAGAUUUUUCACUCCCUUAUUAUUAUAUUCAGAUUCGAGCUUUGUACAGAUAUUAAAAAUAAUAUUAUGAUGAGAUUUUUAAUGUAAAUAUUGUUGAUUCUAGUCGAACAAUUACAAAUGGCACUGAAAAUGCAAUAGAAAAUGAAGCGGAAGGUAAUAAAAAGAAAAAAAUUGAGAAAGAAGUAAAAUGUUUUUCUUCUUUUGAACCAAUUGAAAUUAAACUUUACAACUCAUGUAAGUUUAAGUAGAUAUUACAUCCAUUAACUAAUUAUUAAUGACUGUUAGCAAGUUGUUUUUUUUUAUUUUUGUUAGAUUUAAAAUUAAUUAAUUUUAUCAGGUUUACUAGCAGAAUUACCUGUAUUACUAUUGAACAGGAAGAUAAAUUAAUCAAAUUUGUAGUUUCUUGGUAUAAAUAAUAAUUUGUACCUCUUCAGAUAUUUUACCCUCUAUAGUCUAUGGUAGUAUAGAUACAUUGUAGUGUGAUGGGGUGAAAAAUAUUAGAAAGGUUAAAAUCAUAUAUAGCUACAAUUUAAAUCUAGUUAAUAAUUCCUUCUAAAACAUAGUAUACAUAUAUAUAUAUAAUAUAAGAUUAUAUUGGGAAAAUGUAGGAGAAUCAUACAAAUUAAUUUACAUUGUCGAUAAAUUAUUAGGAACAUAUUCAAUAUUUAAUUAUGUAUUUUUUUUUUUUUUUAUUAUUAUUAUAUUGUGUGUAUUACCUAUAUAGUUUUGUUUAUUAUUAAGUGAAAAUCUUUGACUGCAAAAAAAUUAAUUUAAGUACUUUGCCAACUCUACAAAAAACAGUACUGAACACUAAUAUAAAAGUAACUAAUAAAUACAACUCAGCAUUGCCCCAUAUUAUGGUUGGAAAUGGAGAAAAUAUUGGAAAGAAAUAUGAUUAUAAGUAAGAAUAUUAUAGUUAUAUAAUAUUAUAUAACUACUUAUAAUAUAGUAAUUUUUUUGAUUUAUUUUAAUUUUAUUACAGGAUGAAUUUUCCUUUAAAUUGUUCUUUGGCUAUUAAUCAAGAUUUGGAUUGUCCUGCUAAUGUAGACCAUAGAGUUAAAAAUGUAAACAUUGUAAUAAGUAUUUAAUUUACUAUUGAUUUAAAAUUAAAUUUUUUUACUGUAUCAGUGAUUUUCUGAUAAUUUAGUGGAUUUAUAAUAUUUCAAAUUAUCGGAAAUUCCUGUAUGCUGUAUACAGGAUCAUCCAAAUUUUAUACAAAGUCAAAGUUUUCAUGAAAUAUUUUUUUUCCGUAACCUUCAUACCAACUAUUUGGGAUUGUCCACUGUCAUCUUCUUCUACUAGAUCCAACCAUACUUAAUCUUAUGUUUCACAUCCUUUUCAAAGCCACCAUUCUAUUGUACAAAAGAUUCUAGGUGCUUAAAACACUCAAUUUUGCCUUCUUUGUUACCGGUUAUUGUCAUUACUCGUCUUGUUUUGUCAGCUUUUUGCUCUCUCCCUCCACAUUUAUAUUUUAUGUACUAAAAAAAAAAAUGAGUGUAUAGUAGAAUUUCUUUUAUAAUAAAUAUAAUAUCAAAUCUUGACAAAAAUUGAAAAUGUUAUGGUUUUUCAAAAUAUGGUUAACCGAAUUCCGCUCAAAAUUGUUUUUCAUCAAUGAUCAAUCAUUUCGUACAAAAUAUAUACAUUGAAUUCCCCUUUAUAUCUUACCUUCCAAACUUAUUACCUACAACAGUGGCCCACUCAUUCUGUGAAAUAUAUUUGUCUUUUAAAACAAAUUAUGUAUUUAAUUGAUAAUUUGAUUCUAACAUGAAAUUUGAGAAACCCUAUUUAGAUUUUUUUGUUAGAAAAACAUUUUAAAUUGCUAUUUUUAACUGAAUACUUAUUAUGCUAUUUAGUUGCCAAUGGAUUUGAUGGAUGUUGAUAUAGAUGAUGGCAAAGACAUACUUCAGGAUAGUCUUGAUCCGGUUGUUUUUAGUCAGACUAUUCAUAAUACUAUGGAUGAAGUUUUUGCUGCCAAUGCAAUGGCACCAAUGUAAAAAAAAUUAAAACUAGAAAUUACAAAUAUAUUUUAUGAAAUGUGUAUUAUUUUGCAGGCCUGCCGAUAAUAUAAUGGAUGUUGACCAAAUUCCUGAAGUAAUACAUUUUGAUGAAGCAUGGAAUUGUGUAAAUGCAAAUAAUAACAUUUAUUCAGAUAAACCUUUUGUAAAAAAAAAAUGUAUAAAAAAAAAAGAAGUAUGUACUACUAAAUAAUGGCGAUAAAAUAACUAUUUAAAGAAAUAAUCCAUUUAACGUGUUAAAAUACUACUCAAAUCAUUGGAGAGAGAAUUUCAAAUUCAGAGGGGUAGCUAAUUGAGUACAAUUUUUUUAGUAUUAAAUUGUAGAUUAUAAUAUAUAGUACUCGCAAAACCCCAAGAAGAGGGGGAUUUACUAAUCCCUCUGAUAUCCAUCAUUGACUAAAAUGUAUAAUAAUUUUAAUUUGUUUGUAUUCAACUUUUAGAGAAAUAAUACAUUUUGGAUACCAAAAUAUACAUUUGAAGGAAUUGGAAUUAAAAAAUUAGAACUACAAUUAAGUAUUUCCGUUGAUUUGGGAUCUAAAACUGAUCCUGCAUUUAUUACUUAUAUUCGCAUUGCAAAGAAAACACAAAAGGCAAACAUCUUUAAAAUCAGAAUGCAGAGUAAUUUUUAACAAUAUUCAAUUAAUACUUUCAUAGACCAUGUUAAUUUUUCUGCUGAAAAUAUAAUUGAUAUAAAUACUCAUACAUUCACUAACUAACAUAGAAAAAUAUAAAUAGUGACAAUAUUUUUAAAACAUCAACAUCUUACAUAAGUUGGAGCCAUUUUAAUUUUUGGUUUCUUUAAAUAGUUGUAAUUUUUGUUAGACAAUAUUUUGGAGAAAACUUCGAAGAUGCAUUUGAAAAUAUUCUCUUUAAAUUUUGUUAUCUAAGUUUGAAGUCUAAUAUUGAUCUUAGACAUUACAAUUUCAAAUCCUAUGUAACAUAAUCAUUUUUAUAUGUUGUCUGUUAGACUAAGACAGUGAAUGUGGAUGAAAUGCCCUCUUAAUUUUAUUAUUUAAACUAUGUCAUUAAAUGUUUUUCACAAGACAAAUUAUAAUCCUUUUUUUUUUUUUUUUUUUUUUUUUUUUUUUAGAGAUGAAAACUGAUAAACAAACUAAUGAUGGUAUGUUAUUAUUUAUUUUAUAUUUAUAUUAUUAAAAUUUCAUUGACAGAUACAUUAACAAGCAUGGUUGACUCGAUAUGAGGGUUAUCUGAAGUAGGGGUAAGAGUUGACACUUCCAUUCAUUGAUUUUUUUUUUUUUUUUUAGGAUUUAUAUAAAUUCUUCAUUAAAAUUAUUAAAUAGUAAGAGAAUUAAAUUGGCAUAGGUAACACAUUUAAAAAUAGUAAUCUAAUGAUUACCUAUUUUAGCGCAUAUCUUAAGAUUUGUUUGAGCAUAACAAGAAUGUAGCAUAAUAUUAUCUUUGGGAGAUACCAGAAGAAAACAUUUUAUUUUUUGUAUAUUUUUAUUAGUAUUGUGUUCGAGCAUAACCGUGUGUGACAACUAUUUUGAAAUAUAUUUUGUAUAAAGUCCUGUGUUGUAAAAUGGAGUUUUAUACAAACUGUAUUUAAAGUUAAAAACCAUGACAAUUAAAAAUUGUACCUAUAUAUUAUGAGAUUCCAAUUUUCUACAAAUAUUUGUCAAUGGUUUUUCUUUUAGAUUUUCUGAUAGAAUUUGUGUUUUUUUACAUUCAAAUAAAUUAACAAUUAUAAUUUACCACUUUAAAAAGUCGAGGUUAGGAAAAUAAAAAAAAUGUACUUGUUUGUUUUAUUAUUGAGUAGAAGAACUGGAAGAGCUCAACACAUCUAAUAAUGAAAUAUAUGUAGACAAUGAUUAUGAUGAUUUACUUGGAAUUGGUGAUGCAGAACCUCAAUCUGAGAGACACUUCAGAGACAAUUACGAAACAUAUCGAAAGUUAGAAGAAGAUAUGAGACAACACGAACAAAAUCGUAUGGAAAUUGUAUGUAAAAUUAAUAUUACACUACUCUAAUAUAAAUAUCUUAAGUACCUUUUUUUUUUAGAUUAAUGAAGAACUGGCCAUGAGAAAACGAGUUGAUGCUUGGCAUGAUAAACUACGCCCGAUUUUAAAAGAAGAAGAAAAGAAAACUGAAUUUGAUGUACAUGCAUAUGGGACAGACAUUUUAAACUCCUUUAGCCAUGUAGGUGAAGAAAAAUUGUUUAAGGAUUUAGUUAAAGAUAAGAACUCGAGUGAUGUUUCUCGAUAUUUUCUAUCUGUUUUGAUGAUGGUAAGUCGUAGAUGAUUAAUUUAGUAUUUCUAAAUUUGUAUUUAAAAUUAACUUUAUUUUAGGCCAAUACAUAUAAUUUGAAGUUAUCAAAUUGUGAUAGCAAAUUCUGUUUAAAACUAUUAAAAAAAGAAAGACAUCAUGAAGAACUUCAAAUGAAUAUUGGUAAUCAAAUAGUUUCAAACCAAGACUGA